UAAAUCGAAAUAUCUUACUGUGAUUUUCAUUAACGAUCGUCGCGAAAAGGCAAGGGAUUAUUAUAUGAAGGACGCGUCGUCGUUCAGAUCGAUUGUCACGCAUAAUCACGUUCAUGAGAUCAACAAAUAUGUUCCGAAGUUGUCAAGCGUCUCCGAUGUGUUAGUUGUGGGGGAGGUCGAGGAUCAGUUCUCUGCUACGUUGCUUUGAGGUAUCGUCGGCAGCAAUUCUUAAGUACUAUCAUCGCUGUGAAAUAUCGCUAAUAUUGUCUGUCGCGUUCGCAGAGGCAUUCGAUUUAAUCGGCGGGAAAAAUCAGGCCGGUUUAUGUCAAGUGCCGAGUGAAAACUUUCACUCGUGUACGCAGGAACGACUGAUCGUUUGGCGAGGAAGACGGUGUGCGGGGUACGGGUAAGAUGUGUAAUAAGUAUUAAAAUAAUCAGCAAUAUGUUCAGUUUUCAUAAACCCAAAGUUUAUCGAUCCAGUACCGGAUGUUGUAUUUGCAAAGCUAAAUCUAGCAGUUCAAGAUUUACUGAUAGCAAAAAAUACGAAGAAGAUUUUAUAAAAUGUUUUCAAUUGGAAGAAAGGCGCACGGGGGAAAUUUGUAAUGCUUGUGUAUUGUUAGUUAAGAGAUGGAAAAAGUUACCAGCUGGAAGUAAUCGCAACUGGAGACAUGUUGUAGAUGCUCGUGCAGGGCCUGGAAUUAAAUCGUUGACUAAAUUUAAAUCCAAAAAUAAAAAAAAACUUAAAGAUGCGCCCGAGAAGUUUGAAAAAAUCAUGAAGAAGAAGAACAACAUUUAUUUGAAACCGGAGGUAGAACGUGAACAAAAUAUUUCAGUGAUUGUUGAUCUGGUUGAAAAUUAUGUACCAGAAAAUGAUAGCAAGUGUUUCAGUAGUCACCAAGUCUAUCCAACAGGUAGUCCUAUUGACAGGGACGAUAUUCCUACAGUUGACAAAUCAUUAGACAUUGCUGAAGAGGUUACCAAUGCAAAAGAUGAUUUAUCUCUUAAUGGCUUUAUUGAUUUAUCUUAUUUCAAAAGGGAAGUUAUUUGCUGCGGAACGAUAUUUAAAGGGCCAUAUGGAGAAGUUAUAGUAGACCCAUCAUUAAUAAAACCAUGUACAGGUUGUCUGCCUAAACAAAGGCAGCAACAGUCAAAUGUGCUAAGAAAUAGUCCUGCGCAUAGUUCUGCAUCGGCAAGUCCUGCGCAUAGUUCUGCAUCGGCUAGUCCUACCCACAGCGUAGAAUCAGGUCCAGAUUCGACAGUGACCAAACAAACAAGUAAAUAUAGCGAUUCGUCUUCUGAUUCUGGAUAUGAUGAGUCUUCUAAUCAAGGGGUUGGUGAGGGUAAAAUUACGAAAGUAAUUAUGAAUGUUAAUCCCAACCUUAAACCGAUCGUUAAAACGCAACCAAUAAAAAGUGUACAGUUAAAAGCUAUCCCUGUCGUAUCGGAAUCUGUCAGGUUAAAGUCAGAUGUGCCAAUUAAAUUGGUGCCUAUUAAACAAAUAGACCAACUCUCUUGCAAGCCAUUAUCUUUAGUAUCAUCAACCAAUGUUACUUUAAGCGGUAGCUCACAUACUAUUGUUACUGUCCCUGCCAACCCACUUGUUGAUUUUGCAAUGCAUGCGACUCCUUCUAGACAAUCUGUUUCUAAUUAAUGUCAAUUAUCUUAUAGCGGUUUAAUUUAUUAUUUGUUUCUUUUUUUUCUUAUGUAGGUAAAGAUAUAUGUUAUGAAACUAACAAACUUAUUUUUAAACAUGCUACCAUCAUUACCCAGACUACAAAGGCUAUGGAAGGAUGUAUUUAGAACUUUGUAUUUUAAAUACGAUUCAAGAGUUUAUAAUGUUAUGAAUGGGAAUAACUGAUUUCUUAAUUAGGGUAAUUGUUAUAACGUGAAUUAGAUAAGUAGUGCUCUUAGAAGAAGAAAAAAAAAAAGAAAAGAAAAAUUGUAAGAAGUUUUUACUCUUACUUGUUACAAGUUGUACAAAUAUUUGUAACUAUCUAUGAUACCAAUAACUUUAUACGAAUAACAAUGUUGAAACUAAAAUAACAUUUUUGAAGUAGUUGUAAAAGAAAAAGAAAGAAAAAACAGAAAAAAAGGAUAAGGAACAAUCUAAUAAGAUUAUAAAAUUUAUAUCGACCAUCGUUUGUAAAAUACUUAGAGAGAGAGAGAGCAUGUUAUAAACUGCUAUAUCUUAUAAAUUGCUAACCUCUUAGAAAUUCGAUAAAUUUUCUGAAAGGUUAUCAAUUUUUCCUUCAAAUAUAAUAUAAGCUGUAUGCGUUUAAUUAUCAUUAUAAAAAUAAUAUUGUAAGGAUAUAUAAGUAUUGACUCAGUGAGAAAGCAGAUGGCAGUUUAUUACAUCUCUGGUCUGAAUGCAUUUAUAAGAGUACUAUUAAAUAAUAUUCAAAGUUUAUCCAUCCACAGCUUCAGUUUUCUGGGUGAAUCUUUGCAAUCGUAUAUGCGAAUAUUUUAUGUGGAUGUUCCAAAAUGCCAAUUUUUAAAUGUUCGGGUCCAAAAAUUCUGAGAAAAGAGAAUCAUUUGUAUUUAACUAGGAUCUAAUGUUGACAUACAUUAUUGUACCAGAUGCAUUUGAAAAAAAAAAUAACUAUCUGCGCAAAAUUCCAUGACGUUAAAAUUAAGGAAUCCAAUGAUGUGUUCAGGAAUUAUUAUCCUGAUCCACUUAGAGCAAUAAUAUACAAAUUAAUUUCUUAAUAAAAAUAAUUUAAACUUUGAUAAAAUUAAUCAUAUCACUAUGAUUAUAUAUUUAGGCAGUAUUACUAGGAAGGCAAAUUGAUGAUUAAGAAUAUGAUGUAAUCAAAUUGGCAAACUGGACCAGCAAAUUUAAUUAAGAUAUUUUAUGAGACAACUAAGGAAGCACUCGUAAUAAAAAUGGGCUGAAGUCUCAGUUAUUUGAUACGAAAUUUAAGGAUAAUGGUAAAUAAGUAAAGGCUGGUAGUUCCUAGAAUUCAGAAAUGGACACGUUACAGAAAGAUAACACACAAACUAAUGUACCUGUUGAGAACAGAUUAUUGUGAUUAUUCUCCAGAUCUUAUUUGAAUCAUACACAUGUUUCAUGCACAAAAAAACAUUUUCUAAUAAGAGUUAUAUAUUUUAUUAGGAAAGUCCAUGUACGAUCGCAAAAGGCUUUCUUAUUUCAUUGUGAUUUUUUUUUCUUCUUUUUUUUUAAUUCAUUUUCAAUUUUUAAUC